CCAUUUUGUUCCAGUUUGUGCUUCAGACCGAACCCGGUGUAGCAGCGUUAGCUCUGCGCUGCCGAAUGUUCUCGAUACAGGCUUUAAUUAUCGACUGGUACUAUUUUCGUUGGGGGGGUUUAUUCGCGUAGAUUAAACCUGACAUCGUUUUUGUUGUAAAUUUGACUCGUGGAUUAGUGAUAUUGUGAGGAGAGCUUGAGUAUGCCAAGCCAUCCGCUUCGCGUAGCGGUGGUGUGCUCGAGUAACCAGAACCGCAGCAUGGAAGCACACAACAUCCUCAGCAAGCGCGGUUUCGAUGUUCGAUCUUUCGGCACCGGAAGCCACGUGAAACUCCCAGGACCCGCUCCAGACAAGCCUAAUGUGUAUGACUUCAAAACCACUUACGAACAGAUGUACAGCGACCUGGUCCGAAAGGACAAGGAACUAUACACACAGAACGGGAUCCUGCACAUGCUGGAGCGCAACAAGCGUAUCAAGACUCGACCAGAACGUUUCCAGAACUGUAAGGACCAGUUUGACCUGGUCAUCACCUGUGAGGAGAGAGUGUACGACCAGGUGCUGGAGGACCUGAACUCGCGCGAACAGGAGACGUUACAGCCGGUGCAUGUCAUCAACGUGGACAUCCAGGACAACCACGAGGAGGCCACGCUCGGAGCCUUCCUCAUCUGUGAGCUGUGUCAGUGUAUUCAACACACUGAUGACAUGGAGAACGAUAUCGAUGAGCUGCUGCAGGAAUUUGAAGACAAAAGCAGCCGUCCAUUCCUCCACACAGUCUGCUUCUACUGAUCUCUGUCUCACACACACACACACACACCAUCCCAAGGCCCAGCUGGACUGGUCACACUGACAUCAUUUUCAUCUCAGAGCUGCAGCACAGCACCGCAUGUAUUAACACAAAACACAUACACACACACACACACGCAAGCAAGCAAGCAUUCUGUUUCAUCCCUGAUAAUAGACUGCUGUUCCCUGCUCUGAGUCACAAACACACACACACACACACACACAGAGACAGGUAUUCAUUUCUGAACGCAGGACAACCCUUUUGUUUUCUGAGAAUGAUAGUUUUCUUUUUUUUUGUAAUUACUCUAAAUAUGCUGAAUAAUUGUAAUAUUCAGGUUGUGUAGUUUGAAGAGAUUUUGUGUUUGUGUAAGAGGAGAGAGUGUAUUAUUGUUUUCACUUGAAUACUGAUGAUGAUGAUGAUAAAAUGUGUUUAUAGAUAUUUAAACAUUAUGAAAACUCUUCAGGUUUUUUUUUUUUCCUUUUGUAAACUGUAAGCGAGUGUGAUCGUAAGUCCAGAGUGCCUGAACGUUUCUGUAAAUAGUCCACGUAAACAAGCAAAUAAAUGAAUAAAUAAACCUUCCAGUGAAAUGCA